AUGUUAGGCAAAAUCGUUGCUGUGCUUUCCUUUGUGUCAAUGGUUUCGGCUCAAAUCGAGUGCUAUGAUUACACGUUGAUCGGUGGUUAUAAUUUGGGAUCCGAGAAAAUCGUGUGCAAAGAAGGUCAAUCCUGUUACAACAUGAUGGCCAUGCACGAGAACACGAGUAUCAUUCGAUCGGGUGGAUGUGUGCACAACACACUGUGCUCGAUUACGUUCUCCGAAGGGAGUUGUCAAGAGGCGAACAUUGGCGGGUUGAAGGUGCAUUUCUGUUGCUGUGAAGACGCAGAGAAAUGCAAAUGGGACUCAAAGAUGAAAGGCUUCUUGCAUCGGAGUCUCGAUUGGGUGAAGACGAAACUCGGUUUGCAUUCGCAUGAAAACGAGCAAGAAAUGGAAACGGAAAGCCCAAGAGCUGAGAGUCAAACGAGAGAUGAGCGAUUGGUAAAAGCGCUUCCAAGUGACGCCACGGAAAUCGAUGUGGAUCUCGUUCCGACGAGGGCUGUCGUGGAAAAAGUUGAAGUUUCUCGCGAUGUUAAGAAGCGACGUUAUAAAGGAGUCGAUUUCGAU